CUGUCCACGGUGGCAGAUUGGCGGCUGCCGCGUAGAACGAAAAAAAAGCGUGCGGGGGAGUGGUCGGCUGAUGCACCUGGGCUGCAACACGGUGUCGUUGACGUUGGCGGUGACGGUGACUAUACCGAUGGGGACGGGAGCUGGAGUUGAAGCCAAACACACGAGCCCGGCUUAAAGUCAUUAAAUCAGACUCGGCCUGACAAAGACAAAACUCCAGAAACAGGACAACAAUGGACCAACAACAGCAACAGCAACAGGGCCAGCAGCAACAUCUGGAGCAUGGCCGCCACCAGCAGCAGAACAGCGACUCUCAAAAGGAGUCUAAUCGGAUUGGAAAGUACCAGAUAGUGAAGACAUUGGGAGAAGGAUCGUUCGGUAAGGUCAAGUUGGCGUACCACACAACUACGGGCCAGCGGGUGGCUUUGAAGAUCAUCAACCGAAAGACGCUAGCUAAGUCGGACAUGCAGGGGAGGAUCGAGCGGGAAAUAUCGUACUUGCGUCUUCUCAAUCAUCCGCACAUCAUAAAGUUGUACGACGUGAUUAAGUCGAAGGAAGAGAUCAUCAUGGUCAUCGAGUACGCUGGCAAGGAGUUAUUUGAGUACAUUGUCCAGAAUGGACGGAUGAAGGACGACCAAGCCAGACGGUUUUUCCAGCAGAUAAUUGCCGCCGUGGAUUAUUGCCACAGCCACAAGAUCGUGCAUCGGGAUCUAAAGCCGGAGAACCUCCUUCUCGAUGAUCAGCUCAACAUCAAGAUUGCCGACUUUGGGCUUUCGAACAUCAUGAGCGACGGUAACUUUUUGAAGACAAGUUGUGGGUCUCCCAACUAUGCUGCGCCCGAAGUCAUCUCCGGGAAGUUGUAUGCCGGUCCGGAGGUCGACGUCUGGUCAUGUGGUGUCAUUCUUUAUGUUAUGCUAUGUGGUCGGUUGCCCUUUGACGAUGAAUCGAUUCCAGCAUUGUUCAAGAAAAUUAGCAACGGUGUCUACACUUUACCCCACGACUUGUCUCCAGGGGCGAAGAAUUUGUUGACUAGAAUGUUGGUUGUCAACCCAUUGAACAGAAUCACCAUCCACGAAAUCAUGGAGGACGAGUGGUUUAAGGUGAGCCUACCAGACUACUUGAAGCAGUCUGCGCCUAUUGAAAACAAAAUUUUGACGGCAGAAGACAUUGACGACGAUAUCGUCUUUGCUCUUUCGUCCACCAUGGGCUACAGCCAGGAGGAGAUUGUCGAGGCCAUCAAGAUAGGUAAGACACCGGAAACGGAAGAGAUAUUGGACAGCUACGAGUUGAUGAGCAAGAACACGGGCCUCGUGGAUUCGUUGAAAAAGGAGAGAGUGGAGAACCAGCAGAUAUCGAACCAACAAUACCAGCAGCAGCAGAUGCAAUACCAACAGGAAAAACAGCAACAUAAACAGAGCAGCAGGAGUGAGUGGCGGAUGGCCACCGGUGUUGAGGGACAGAAAACCGCUCUGAGCGGCACGCCGAACUCCACGAUAGCAAUUCUCCCAUCUUCCUUGCCCCAGAUCCAUAAGGCGUACAUGCUACAGUCAUACCCGGAACUCGCCAACGUGCAACCUGUUGUGCCCAAAAAAUCCAAAACCAGAUGGCACUUUGGUAUCCGGUCGAGAUCCUACCCUCUCGACGUUAUGGGCGAGAUCUACCGUGCGUUGAAAAAUCUCGGAGCAGAAUGGCAGCGUCCUUCUGAAGAAGAACUUUGGACCAUCAAGGUGAGAUGGAGAUAUGCCCCAAAGGAGGCCUCCAACGAAAACUACAACAUACCGGACAUGAUGAAGAUGCAGAUACAGUUGUUCCAGUUGGAACCAAACAACUACUUAGUGGACUUCAAGUUCGACGGAUGGGAAAGCAAGAAUGACGGUGCUGCAAGCUCUAUCAGCAGCUCCACCGACGAAGAACUCGUAUCGUCCUUCAGCGCUUACCCAUUCCUCCACCUCUCCACGAGGUUGAUCAUGGAGCUAGCUGUGAACAGUCAGGGAUGAGGCUGAUCGCUGUUUUUUGUGUAUAAUGUAUAGACAAGUGUACGUAUAAUCUGCGAAUGACCAGAGCGGAGAAGAAGAAGAAGAAGAAGAAGAAGAAGAAGAAAAAGGAAAAGAAAUAU